AAACAGUACCCGUCCUUGACAUGACGUGACCAACUCACUGAGGCACGGAACAUCUAGCGCAGAAAUCUUUAUCUUACAAAGUUCACGCAGCGCGCGCGAACCGACAACGAUGAAUUGAAUGUGCUCUUGAAGCGUGCGUGCUGCUGGUACUGCGCUAUUUUAUCACCGGCUCAAUUGAUUAACCCUGAGAUCUCCGAACUCUACCGGUAUAGCUAGGAGCUGGAUGGAGGAACUAGCAAGAACGUUCGAGCGGUAGCGAAAGCGCAUUUGGCCUACGCCAGACUUCGGGGGGACCUUUCACCGGCUAGUCCGUAGUCGUCUGAACCAUUUAUCGACUUUCCCUGAUCUCAAAACAAGUCAGAAAGAGAAGAUUGUGGAUUGCUUCUAACUUGUUUGAUAGAUCCUAGUGCUUUUUAAUCACAUAGGCUACUACAAAUGUCUCAAAAAUACAAGCGAGGGAAUGUGCUCAGUUGCACCAUGAAAAAACCUGUAGAUUUGUAUGCCAAAUCUUCAGACGGCAAAGACAAGGCAUCUUGUGGCGUGUCUGUUGUGGACAUCACUUUUCCGAAUUUUGAAUUCGUAGAUAUUGGAGAUAUUACAUUCAAGAACAACUACACUGGGUUUAUUUCAAUAAAGCUAAGAAGCAACAAAGACGGAAACCAAGGUGACCCUAAAUGGUUAACAUGUAUCAAACUCACACAGCUGAUGCCUGAUGUACAUUGUGAUGUCUCCUCCCAGGAUUACUAUACGUUUACCAGAGACCAGAUGCUGGUUUUGCCUGACAAGGUUACAGCGCUACGUCUCGUCCUACAGCAGCCUUCUACUGUCUGGGCCAACUUUGGAGUUGACAAUGUGACUAUCACAGAAUACAAUGAAGAGAGAGUAACGAUUCCUCCUAUGGUUGAAUGGCUAGAAAAACACCAACACAAAUUGGCUCAGACACCUCGUUCUGACUCUAAGAGUUUGAUGCCUGUUGAUGAGAUCGCAGCGGGGUUACAGAGGCUGUGGGCUCUGACAGCUAAGGUACAGGAGAAUCAGACGGAAAGCGCUUUGGGAAGAUUUGAUGUUGAUGGUAGCUAUGAGGUCAAUCUCUUGUCCUAUACCUGAAGCAUUCUCCUUUUGCACCCUCCUGAUGAUGAUGAUGAGGGAGAGAUCUCUGAAGCCAAGUAUGUUGACACCUCCUGAUCUAGGUUCUAAAUAAUGAUAAGAAUAUCAACAACCAGAAUUUGAGUGCAUUUAACUCUUCUAGUUGGAUUGAAAGAUGAAUCAGUUUCAGAUCGAUUCUGAACUGAUUUAGCUUUUCCCCCUCCAAAGGAGCCUGAAAUCUCUGUUAUCAUCCAGGUUGAUGGUAACUAUGGGGUAAAUCUUGUGUCCUAUACCUGAAACAUUCUCCUGUUGAUGGUGAGAGAGAGAUCUCUGAAGCAAAGAAAUGUAUGUGGACACAAGCAUGGAAGUACGGUAAUAGCUCAAGAAACAUUGAGGUACAUCAUGGAAAUCUUGAAAUUGGUAGUUGGAUGAGUUACCCCGAAGACAUGAAGUCGUUGGGCUAAAUGAUAAAAGAGAAUGUUGAGUUAUGGGGACAGUUGAAAAAUAAUUUGUGAGAAUUUUCAUUGUUAUUAUGCAAUUCACAAUGCUAUCUCAUGGCCUGAAGUCAAUUUUAUCUUUAAGUAUAUGUAUUCCUUUGACACUAAUUUAAAUCCCAAAGCACAGUAUACAAUUCUCAUGCGAUCUGAUUUUCAUAGUAAGGGCUAUUAUACUAGCUAUGGAAAUGUAAACGACCACUAUUCUCUUGAUUUAGGUUCUUAAUAAUGAUAAGAAUAUUAACAACCAGAAUUUGAGUGCAAUUAACUUUCUAGUCGGAUUGAAAGCCGAAUCAGCUUCAAGUCGUAGGCAAUCGCACUACUGGCUUGACGUCACUAAGGUUCUGAGCUGAUUUAGCUUUUACCCCUCCAAGGGAGCAUGAAAUCCUUGAAAUUUAGGUUUUAUUGAUCAUAUGACUAUUCAGAUCCUCCCUCAUUAAAAUUUUACAUGUUUAAAUGUUUAUGUAAAAUUCUAUAAAAAAUUCUUCAAAAAUCAGAUUGCAGUCGGAUCGUGUAAUGUGUCCUGGGCUGAAGACAGUCGUUCAGGUCCAGAGUAAGCAAGCCAGGAUGCUUUGCAGCUCUAUUGAUGCAUUGCCCGUAUCCAGGCUUCUAUGUGUAAAGAAUUUUAUGUCUGAUUGAUCAGAUUCUGCAAGACGUUUCUUCAGCCCAUGUCACAUCAUGUUGAUGGACUUGGAAGUACUUUGAAGUCAGGUAUGGUGAUGUUUAUUGAACUGUUUAUAACUAACUACCAGUACUCAAGGGAAAUAAGAAAAAUUGUUGUAGUAGAUAAGUGGUCUCAAUUGUUCCCUUUCUUCCAAAAUUCAUCGCGAAAUGCUUUUCAAGGAAAAGAGAGAAAUUAUUCUUAACUGAGUGAUUGCCAUUUUAAAGAUCUUUGCAGAGGCUAAUCGUAAUUACCUGGAGGAAAUUGUUUAUUCUAUAAUUUAUAAUCACUUUUUGAAGAAAGAGAUAUAAGCUUUGGGGGAAGAGGCCGAUUUCACAUCUGAAAAGUUUGUCUACAUCUGAAUAAUGUUUUAUUAUGAUCAAUGAAGUGAUAAUUGUCUCUGAGAAAAUCCAAGUUUUGUUUGUGGAGAAUUGUGUUUUAAGAAAUAUUCUUUUCUACAGUACACAGAUACUUUAUCUACGGAAGUGGUCAGUAAAGGUGUCAAUCCAUAGAUGAGUUAGAUAAGAUUUAACAAGGUCACUUUGCAGCAGCCGUAAACAUGUUUGAAAGUUCACCUGUAAGAUACAUUAAAAAAGAUUCUUUGAUCUGAUCCAUUGCCAAAGUAAUGUAGAGAGCUCUGCUCUGUUUUUCAGUCCUGACCGAAUGGCCAUGUUUUGAAGUGCCUGAUGAAGAUACUGAUAGUGUUCUUUGAAAGUCCUCAGAAUGCUUUUAUGCUGACUGAGAAGCAGAGAGACAAUGAGAAAGCUUGACAUGUUCACUUUAGUACCUUGUGAUUUUAUCAUCAUUCAAAUCUCAUUUGAUGUUUGCUUAUCUAUGUGCCUUCUUAUUUAUUAUUUCUCAUGAGAAAAAAAACUUGCAUAAUUUUAUAACUUUGUUCAUUUUUGGAAAAAGAAAAAUGAUUUGAAGUGGUUAUGUGAUAAUGUGCUCAUAAAAGCUCUUCUGUUAGUACUUGAUAGAUGUCAUAACCAGUUCACAUGUAUCGUCUGUUUGGAGCCAGAAGGGUGUUAACUCAUAUACUUUCACAUAGCUAACGCCUUUCUGGCUCGACACAGAUGGUACAUUUAAUUAUUUGUAAUAAAAGGUGAUUUGUAUUACCAUGCAGACAUAUCGAUAUUACAGUAUAGAAGUAUAUAUAUUAAUUCUUUUGAAUCAAUACAGGUAAUUUUGUGGAAAUGAUGUCUUAAAUGUUAUAUUAAAGAUGACUUGAAAUGAACAGAACUAA